AUGGUGCUCUCGCUACCUGUCCCAAGCUUCUCCAGAUUCACCACGGCCUCCCCCGCGCUCCGGUCCAGCAACAGCAGCAGCAAUAGCAACAACCAAUCCACGACCCUUACUGAAGCCCUCCGAAACAACCCGUUCGGGAAUACCUCUCGAUCGCGUGCCAUCACAGCCUUGACGUCGAACACCCAGGCCGAGAACGCGAAACAGGAGCAGGAAGAGCUCAACAAUGCGCUGGAGACCCUAGCCCGGAUCUUCCCAGACGUGAAGAUCGAGGUCUUCCGCGAACUGCUCGUGCGGUUUGACGGGCAGAGCAGGCUACAGGUGUGCGUGGAGCAGCUGCUCCGGCAUAAGAAUGAAUGGGUGGCUGGGCGGUGGAACGUCCCGACAGGGACCGGAGGCGAAGCGGGUGAUGGUGAUGUUUCGCGAGAGCAUGAUGAGCAUGUGGUGCCGCCCGAGGAACGAUUCCGGAGCGACGAGUACAAGGCUUCUGUGAAGGGUGUGCUGGCGAAGGAGUUCAGCGGGCUGAGCAGGAGUACGGUGGAGGCGGUGCUGGCCGAGGCGAACUUUUGCUACAUGCGGGCGCGGCCGACGCUGAAGGAGCUGUCGAGGCGGACGUGGCGGGCGACGCUCAAUAAUAUUUUGCCUUCGUUCAAACGCAAGAAGGACAAGGACGAGCAUCCUCUGGUGGUAUGGCAGCGGCGUGCGGAUGGGGAACUGGUGCCUAGGCUGAAGGAGACGGGAUGCGUCGAGCUGGAUAGGGAGUUAUAUGAGGCUCUGCUUGCGCCUUUGCUGCGUGUGAGGCGAGAGGAACAGGAGGACAAAGACUUCAAGCUGGCCGAGGAGCUCAAUGAGCGCGAAGCACAGGCUGUUGAGGCGCUGUAUGAGUGCGAGUGCUGUCUGGCCGAUGUGACUUUUGAACAAAUCUCCACUUGCUCGGUCGACUCCCACAUCAUUUGUUACAGUUGCAUACAGAGGACUAUCCACGAGGCUCUAUUUGGGCAAGGAUGGGGGAAGUCGGUGGACGUGGAGAGAUCGACUUUGAAGUGUAUCGCGCCGAUUGCCCACGGUAGCUGCGAGGGAAGCUUGGAUCCUGAGACCGUCAAGCGAGCUAUAAUCAUGGAGAAGGCUGGUCUCGAGACCUACUGCAAAUUCGAGACUCGGCUGGCUUCAGAGUCUCUGAUGAAGUCGCAGUUGAAACUUGUCCGCUGUCCGUUCUGCUCUUACGCCGAGGUUGAUCCUGUUUACCACCCUUCUUCCAUGGGGAUUGCUUGGCACUUUCGCCGUGAUGGGCUCUUGUCUACGAUCUUGAUGACUGUCAUACUUCUCGAUAUGGUACCUUUGCUCGCCAUUCCGCUGAUAGUUCUAUAUGUACUGGAUCCUAUGGCUGUGCCGACUAUCCUCAAGAAUUCGCUUCUCAAUCUGUGCCUCAAGGUCCGACCGAAGAGAUUCACAUGUGCCAAUCCUCUUUGCCGUCGCGUCAGUUGCAUCACCUGCCAGAAACCGUGGCGUGAUCCUCACAUCUGUCAUGAGCCCCUGUUGCUCGACCUUCGGGCCACUGUUGAGGCCGCGCGCACAGCUGCGGUGAAGCGCACAUGUCCUCGGUGCGGCUUAUCCUUUGUCAAGUCGUCAGGCUGCAACAAAUUGACCUGCGUCUGCGGGUAUUCCAUGUGUUAUCUCUGCCGCAAAGCGCUGGGGUCGUCUCUUCCGGCAGCGGGACAAGGUCGAGUUCCUCGCCUUGUAGCUGGCAUCUUCAACCAGGAGAACAUUGCACCGGCUGGGCAAGAUCCUAACGACAAUGACCGAAAUGGCCCUGAUGGAGAAGAUGCGGAGGAGGGCUACAAGCAUUUCUGCGAGCACUUCCGCAUCAAUCCGGGAUCAAGAUGUACGGAAUGCAACAAAUGCGAUCUGUACCAGGCGGAAGACGAGGAGGCUGUAGCACGCCGAGCAGGCGAGCGAGCGGAACGUGAGUGGCGCGUGCGGCAGGGCGCCUCGGCCGCUGGGGUUGCGGUUGGGGCUCUCCAAGUCAACAACGAUUUCUCUGCAGACACCUACCGGAAAUCCUGGGGGCUCCCGUUGCAUCAGGGCAAGGGCUGGGGAUACUGGGUCAACGAAGUGUGGCAUGACGGGCAGUGGAAGCUGGAAGGACAGGCUUUGGUGGACUGGGUGGUGGAGCAAGUGGUCGUUAUUGAUGAGAUAUGA